AUGGCGCCGCCUAGCUCGUGGUGGGGCAGCGAGGAGCAGCGCGGCACGCCGGUGGUGGUGAAGAUGGACAACCCCUACUCCCUGGUGGAGAUCGACGGGCCCGGCAUGCCGCCCUCCGACAAGGCCCGGGGCAAGAACGCGAAGCAGUUCACGUGGGUGCUGCUCCUGCGCGCGCACCGCGCCGUGGGGUGCGUGGCCUGGCUGGCCGGUGGCUUCUGGGGCGUCCUGGGCGCCGUGAACCGCCGCGUGCGACGCAGCCGCGACGCGGACGACGAGCCGGACGCCGAGGCCUCGGGCCGCGGCCGCGUCAUGCUGCGGUUCCUGCGCGCGUUCCUGCUGCUCUCCCUGGCCAUGCUGGCCUUCGAGACCGUGGCGCACCUCAAGGGGUGGCAGUUCCCGCAGCACCUGCCGGGUAACCUGCAGGAGCUGGAGGAGCAGCUGCAGCACCUCCCCGAGCACCUGCGGCACCUCCCCGAGAACCUGCGGCACCUCCCCGACCACCUCCGCGUGCCGGAGCGGCAGGAGAUCCAGGGGUGGCUGCACCGGGCGUACGUGGCCUGGCUGGAGUUCCGCGUCGACUACAUCGCCUGGGCCAUCCAGAAGCUGUCCAGCUUCUGCAUCCUGCUCUUCAUGGUGCAGUCCGUGGACCGCAUCGUGCAGUGCCUCGCGUGCUUCUGGAUCAAGAUCCGCGGCAUCAAGCCUCGUAUCCCGGCAGCGUCCGGCGGCAUCAAGCCUCGUGGAACUGCAAGGAAGAGCGCGGAUGUCGAGAACAACGGUGACGCCGACGACGACGCCGACGGCUACUUCCCCAUGGUGCUCAUCCAGAUGCCCAUGUGCAACGAGAAAGAGGUGUACGAGACGUCCAUCUCGCACGUGUGCGAGUUGGACUGGCCGCGGGACCGGCUGCUGAUCCAGGUGCUGGACGACUCGGACGACGAGGUGUGCCAGAUGCUGAUCAAGGCGGAGGUGACCAAGUGGAGCCAGCGCGGCGUCAACGUCAUCUACCGCCACCGCCUGUCGCGCACCGGCUACAAGGCCGGCAACCUCAAGUCCGCCAUGGCAUGCGACUACGUCAAGGACUACGAGUUCGUCGCCAUCUUCGACGCCGACUUCCAGCCCAACCCGGACUUCCUCAAGCUCACCGUGCCACACUUCAAGGAGGACCCGGAGCUUGGUCUGGUCCAGGCUCGUUGGAGCUUCGUGAACAAGGACGAGAACCUGCUGACCCGGCUGCAGAACAUCAACCUGUGCUUCCACUUCGAGGUCGAGCAGCAGGUCAAUGGCGUCUACCUCAACUUCUUCGGCUUCAACGGCACGGCCGGCGUGUGGCGCAUCAAGGCGCUCGAGGACUCGGGCGGCUGGAUGGAGCGCACCACCGUCGAGGACAUGGACAUCGCCGUCCGCGCGCACCUCAACGGCUGGAAGUUCAUCUUCCUCAACGACGUCAAGGUCCUCUGCGAGCUGCCGGAGUCUUACCAGGCUUACAGGAAGCAGCAGCACAGGUGGCACUCCGGCCCCAUGCAGCUCUUCCGCCUCUGCAUCCCGGCCAUCUUCAGGUCCAAGAUCCGUUCUGGAAAAAGGCGAACCUGGUGA